GUGUUAUCGACAGCAAUGGAAAUCCGACAUUGGAUGAAGCCAAGAAGAUCAUGGCCAUGUUCAGCCAGUACAAUAUGUCCUUCUCUGUGGCCAGGUUAAAGGACUAUAGUCCAGACGAUGCUUACAGCUUCAAGAAAGUGGUCGCAGCUCUACGAGAACUGAACCCAAACGCAGUCAUAGGUCCCUACCAUUGGCCCUACGCUGUGGCCACAGAGCACUUGAGGAUUCCCUACUUCGUCACGUCUCAAAUUCCCAUCGACCAGAAAGUGUCGCCGUUUCUCAUUCAACUGUUCCCAGAUCCACAUGUGUUCGCCAAAGCCACUGAAGACAUGUUGAAGUAUUACAAGCUGGAACGUGUGGUGGUAUUUCAUGAUUCGCUAUCAG